AGAUAUUUCAGCUGGAUUCUGACAGGCCAAAGGGCAUAGGAGACCAUCUGUAGAACAUCUUGAAGAAUCACGUUCAUUUUAAGGAAAAGAUUGGGUGUGGUAAUUAGACUUCUGACCUGGGACUCAUCAGAGAAACCUGGUUAUGCAUCAGAUACGCUUCGUAGUCAUGGGGAGCUUGCUUUCCUUCUAAUGCAGAAGUUGAAAAAGAAGCUGAGUAUGUUCAUUGCUUGUGGAAAUGCAGAACAGGGUGUUUAGUGCCUGGCCGGGGCAGGUGGUGGGGCCUAAGUUACUGGAGAGGGCCCUGCAUGUCACAGCAGCCACAGCCACAGGUCACGGCAUGCAGACUGCCAGGUGCCUGGUGUUGAGGGCAUCCUGUGCUUCCUGACCCCUGAGAGUGCUUCCUACAUGUUACAACAGGAAUGGAAAUGAAGCAUUGUACUUGGUUUCGAUCUGAAAAUUGGAAGUGAUAAAUUCUUCAGCCCUGAAGAAGCCCAGAAGCCCUGGGCCUCUGAAACUGCUUCAUGAAGAAAUCCCUGUCUCUGCACAGAUGCUGGUGUGAAGCUUGAUGCCGACUCCAGAACUGUGCAUCUCACAGAAGGACCUGUAACUAAGGGGACCCUGCUGACCUCUGAACCACAAAGGAUAAGAGUGAAAAGAAGUGUGAGAAGCAAGCGAAAUAAAAGGAAGUGGAUGUACUUUCAUCUGGACUUCUUUCCUGCCCUUUAUUAUUGAAACUGAAUGGAAAAGACAGACUUACGUGCCUUUUCUCCCCCAACCUCAGGGAUGGGUGGAUUGUAAAUACAGUGUGUGCAGCUGGGAGAAUAGACUGAAUCAUGAAUCUUCAGACUCAGCAAAAGUCUUCAACCAAAAGGACUGGGAAACGAAUUGCUUAUUUUAAUGAACAGGAUAUAGCUGUGUCAUCAAAAGAACCACAGCAGCAGCUUAAAGAAGGCCAGUACUAUGGUCAUGGAGGGAAUAUACCAGUCUCCCAAACCAUGGAGAUUCCUCACACGGGAGGAUUAACAAGUGCCCCCAACAACGUUGCUUUGAUGAACUCUGUUUACAAUCAAGAUAGGGGAGAAUCGAUGAUGAUGUCCCAGCCAGUGACAGCUGUCAAAUGGCAGAAUUCACUAAUGGGAAACCGGUUGCCGGAGAGAGGUGAUGCCCACUGGCAGUCUCCACCUGCAAUGUGGAACCACAGUAUGGUUUUUGGGGGCAACCCAAAAGGACCCCACUCCAAUGCUGGUGCCCCAGGGUUCUAUGGCCACCCAGAAGCCCUUAAAAGAAAUCAAGAGAAAGGAGUGUUUGUGUCACAGCUGGACUUGUAUGAAGAUGCUGUCCAGCAAAUGAUGUCCCAGAAGGCUCAGCUGGAACAGCAAGCCCUGGUUAGACAGCAAGCACAAAUGAAUUCUUUUCAUCAGUUGCAGAAGCAGCAGCAGCAGAAUCAAAGUCUGCCAUUGCAGCCUUUCCAACUUGCAUUUGGUCACCAAGGCCAGAAGCAAGGUCUUCCUGAAUUAUUGCAUGUCUUUCAAGAAGCCCCAGCUUCUUCCAGUCCGGCAUUUACUGCUCAGCAAAAACAGCAAGCUCUUCCCCAACUACAGCUGUUUGAAAAUUUCUAUCCUCAACAGCAGCAGCAACAGGCUGCCACGCAAGCCUUCAGUCUACAGCAAACUGCUUCCAUAGCACAGCCUCAUGUGGCAGCUGCAGCACCUCAGCAUCACAUGAUGGCACAUCAGUUUCAGCAAACAGAGAGGAACCAGGAACUAUUCAAGGCUCUAACAGAGCAGAACCAACAGACAGUGCUACCUCAGACCCAGAUUCCCUUUCCAAGAAGGUCACGGAGACUCUCCAAAGAAGGUGUCCUGAUGACAUCUGCAGGAGACGUGUUGGCUUCCAAGCAGGCAGAAGAACAAUCUAGCAAUUUAUUUCUCCAUCACUGGCACACACAUCAGCAAGAGGUCCCAUUGCAGCAGCCGCCUGAAUCGCUGGCCCACAACAAAAGUAGCUAUUCACACCCCAAGAGGAUGGAUCUGGGGCAGAAGGACGCCCUGGUCAACAGUGAACUGUGUCAGAUGGAAACAGAGAGACAAGCCGUGGCCCAGAACGGUAGAGAUGGGGAGAAACAGACAGCAGCAGCUGAAGAAAACACUCUGAGAACUAAUGACUUUCAGGGUGUUAGAGGGGGUGUAAUCCAGAGUACACGAAGGAGACGGCGUGUUUCUCAAGAAGCCAAUUUGCUAACUUUGGCCCAAAAAGCUGUGGAGUUGGCUUCUCUUCAGAACGUCAAGGAACUGGAUACUUCAGAAGAGAAGAAAAGUGUGCUGAUAGCAGCUCCAGGACCUACAAUUGCUAAAAGCGUUGUGGAAUUUGCCAGUUCUUCACCAGCUCCUAAAAAAGCCCGGGAGGACAGCAGUCUUGUGCCUCUUAUCAUUCCUGUAUCUGUGCCAGUGAGAAAAAUUGACUUGCAGAACCUCGGAAAGGAAAAGUCUGAGGAUGGGAAGCUCCAGAGAGGCCAAACAAAUGAUCGAGGUCCUUGUGAACGCAAGCCUUCUGUGAUAGUCACUCGGAGGCGAUCUAAUCGUAAUACUAACAUGGAAACCUCAAAUCAGCAUGAAGAUGCUGUCCCAAAGGAUGAAGCAGAGGGUUUUGCCCGGAAACCAAAGCAGCGCCCAAGACCUGAGCCACUCUUCAUACCACCAAAAGCUGGCACCUUUAUUGCACCACCUGUUUAUUCUAACAUUACUCCGUAUCAGAGCCACUUACGGUCACCUGUCCGUCUGGCAGAUCAUCCUUCAGAUAGGAACUUCGAGCUACCUCCUUACACUCCUCCACCGAUUCUUAGUCCAGUGAGAGAAGGAUCUGGACUAUAUUUUAAUGCUAUCCUCUCUUCAAGCGGUCAUUCAGUUCCACCUCCAAUGACUCCUAAAAGCGCUCACAGAACUCUGCUUAGAUCAAAUAGUUCAGAAGUUACCCCUCCUGUUCUCACAGUAGUGGGAGAAGCCACGCCGGUCAGCAUUGAACCGCGUAUAAAUGUAGGAACUCGCUUCCAAGCAGAAAUCCCAUUGCUCCAAGAUAGAUCUCUGGCAGCAGUUGAUGAACAUAAAGCAGAGCUGGUGUGGCAGCCAUGGGGUGACCUGGAAACCAACAAAGUCACCCAAGAGAAUGUGGAAAACCUGCUAGCUGCUGCCUGUUCGAGCAUUUUUCCUGGGGCUGGAACCAACCAGGAGCUGGCGCUGCAUUUCUUACAUGAAGCGAAGGGAAGCAUUCUGGGAGCUUUGACCAAGCUGCUAUUGAAGAGGCCAGUACGAUCACCUACCCAUCCUCUGGCAGAUUAUCACUACACAGGAUCAGACAAUUGGAAAGUUGGUGAAAAGAAACUUUUCAACAAAGGCAUUGCAAUCUACAAGAAAGACUUUUUCUUGGUCCAAAAGCUUAUAAAAACCAAGACAGUGGCUCAGUGUGUGGAAUUCUACUACACGUAUAAGAAACAAGUGAAAAUUGGUCGGAAUGGGACCUUAAUCUUUGGGGACAUUGAUGGUGCUAAUGAAAAAUCUGUGAGAGAUGAAGCUGAAGUUGACAUCAAGAGUUCCCAUAGGUUUGCACGUGUUCUUCCUCUCAGAAGGGACAUUUACAGUGAAGAACAGGGACACGCGGAAGAGGAAGAGGAGGAGGAAGAGGAGGGAGAUGAAGGGUUGGAUAACAGAAAGAAGAGCACACUUCCCCUCAAAGAUGCAGAGACACUACAAGCUGGUGUAACAGCCAGUGAUGCCAAUAUAAGGAGUCAAGAAGCAACUGCCACAGGCAGAAUUGGAAGGAAGCCAAGGGAGACAACCAUGAAGCCUCGAAAGCCUAUUACUGUUCCAGUGCAGAGGCGGCGGCGAAAACAAAAGAUAAAAUCAGAUGCUACCAGUAAAACUCAGAACACAGAAAACACAUUUCCAUGUAAAAAAUGUGGCAGGGUGUUCUACAAGGUGAAGAGCCGCAGUGCUCACAUGAAGAGCCAUGCAGAGCAGGAGAAGAAAGCAGCCGCACUGAAGCAGCAAGAGAGAGAGGCAGCAGCGGCAGCAGCAGCAGCCCACAGCGAGGCCCAGCAGGAAGAGAGCAGCGAGACUGGGAGCAACAGCAGUGGAAGUAGCAGCGGGAGCUCAGAUGAGGACGGAGAAAUAUAGCAGCAGGCCCGAAGUGGAGGGUCCAGCUUUGCUACUCCCAUCUCCCCCUCAAUGAUUUCACUAUUUUGCUUGCACUUUUCUUACCUGAACCAUCAGUUUCAGUGCUGCAGUUUCCUCAUGCCACAUGUUCCAUUUUGCCUUGCCAGUACUGACCAAGCCAGAAUGGUGGACAAAAAGAUUUGUUUCAACUUUGAUUUUUUUUUUAAACAAGAUUUCUAUUUAUAAUCAUACCUAAGGUACAUAACAGAACAAUGUCACCUGCAGUGGAAGUAAGUUCUCUCUCAGGUCAAUCAGACCUUUCUUCUUGUGCUUUGUCAGGAAUCAUGAUAACGGGACUCUUGGAUAUAACGCUUUCCAGACCAGAGCAAGAAAAUGAUGCUCUGCUCUGAGGUAACUGUAUCCACUUACUGUGACACUGGUGAUUUCUAGAUGUUUUCUUUCUUAGCAAGUUGUUCUUCCUGUUACACUAUCCUGCCUUUCUUUCUGAGCAUUUAUUCAGGCUGCCAACAAGUUUUGUGGAAAGAUGGCUUGCACUUUUGGCCUCUGUUUCACAAAAAUGAAAAGUGGGGUGAGCAAGACACGCUUCUUCCUUUUGAGAGGAGGAUUUACUUUUCAAAGGAACAAUGAGGUGCUUUUGUUUUUAUGCUGUUACGAAUGCAGCAAUAGGUGUAAGGAUAUCCUGUGGGAUUAGAGUAGCCACAGGCCUUGCGGGUUGUCUCAUCAUGGAAAAUGAAAUAGUCAGCCUUUGAUUAACUUAUUGGAAAAUAGUCUGGGCUUCACAAGUGCAAUUUGAAAUGAAAACUGGUGUUUUUGAUAUUGGUUGUAGGGAAGCAAGCUUGUUUAGUGAAAAUGAACCAGGACCUUGUAUGUGUGUCGGACUGUGUGCACCCCAGAGAUGGGAGGAAUGGACUCUCAUCUCUAUCAAGCUCCUUAAAUCCCUCAGCGAGUGGCUCUUACCUCUCAACACGUCUGUUUCUUUCUUGUGGCAGCACUCGCUUAUUCCUUGAAAUUGCCAUCAUUGAGAGCUUGUAUUAGGUGGAGCCCUAGUUUUGCAGAACUUCCUGUCGAUGUGUGGCUGUGUGUGCAGUGGGAGCUUUUUGCUUAUUUCCAUGAGUGGCUGGACAGCUGUGCCUGCUGGGUUGUCCCUCUGUGACCCCUCGGCUUGCUGAUGCGCUGACCUUUCCUUCAGAACUGACAUAUGCUAAUAGCCAAAAAACAUCUAGCCACCAAAACCUGCUGGUGAAGGAGAGUUAAGAUGAUGCAGAAGUAGUCCAGGUGACAUGUUAGAUUUGCACAGGAUUGUUCUGCGCAUCUUUGUAGCCCACGUUUAUCAUUAUUUCAUAAUGAUGUAAAGAAUCAGAUCUCUUCCUUGCUCCUCAUGGCCCGUCAGCCCCAGCCCAGUACUCUGGCUGCCCAGCUUGCUCCGUCAGACCAACCAGCCCCGAUUCCUCCGUCCCCUGGGUGCCAGCAGUGUGCUGUACCACACGUGUGCUGCUUUCGUGGUGCGGUUUCGAAGAAGCUGAUCACUCCUGCAGCACCAAGCAGGGAUCCUAGGUGGGUUACUGCCUGUGAACUACAGCUGUUCCCAACUGGCUGAUUUCCUUAAAAUUCGGCCCUUCAAGCUGCCAAAUGAAUUCCAGGUAAUAUAUACUUGUCAAGUUAUCCAUGGAAAAUGGAUCUGACUCCAGCAAGCCACCUUCAUUUCCUGCCCCACGUAACUUCAUGCAACCAUGAUUACUUCACUGCCCAAGUCGGCAAGGCUGUGUAUUGCGCCACGUUUUCUUUGACACGUAUAUGCUUUUGCAUAGACUUUUUUUUUCUUGGUAGAAACAGUUACUACUCUUAAAAUGAGUAGCGUUAUCAUUAAGGACUGCACUUUUUUCGGUGUUGACACUUUUGCCUGCAAGUGUCUGCCAACACUGUAUUUUUCAUCCCUAACACAACUGGGCAUCCCUUUUGGCAUUUGGAUGGCUGUUCCGUGUUCCUGCACGUAUGGGUCUUCUUGACAAGACUGCAGAAGCAGAUGGCAUGUCAGAAACUAUUAAAAUCCAUUCAAAAACUGCAGAGAACUGAAAGCUACAAAUCUUUAAAGAGAAGCUUAAGCAUAUCAGUCUUCCCAUUAAGAAUCUGUGUUAAUUAUUAUCUUUUUCUUCAUGUAAAUUGGAGAAAAGACUCAUCUACCAUUAAAUUAUCCUAGGGCCCUUAGAGAGAACAGAAGCUGUAGCACACUGUGCCAGGACAGACAGUAGGUGAAGCAGCUGGAACUCACAGCUCACUUGUAGUGCUGGGAUUAAUUCCAGUAAAAAGCAACGAUGCAAUUAAAGUCCUGAAGUAUGUCUCUGGGAAGUUGCCAGUGGUUCCCAGAUCCUGAGAACUGCAAGGCAGGGCAAACGUUCAGCAGGGCUGGUGAGUAUAGCUAAAAAGGAUGUAAAAUAAUCUAGAUGUUGUUAUGCUGUUGUAAUGAACGCAUUUCCCCGGAGCACCAGUCUCGGUGGUAGCAUGGUGCACACUUACUUAAGGGACUGGGAAGGCUUAGAGAUGCAGAACAAAGAAAUGGAGAUAGAGGUAGAACUGGUACAGGGCAGAAAUGGAGAUUGUUUAGACUGGAGAGGUCUGCCUAAAUCUGAGAACUAAAAUAAGGCUAAUCAAACUGUCUUAGGAAAAUGCUUUCACUAUCCUUUCUAAAACAGUGCAAAAUCAAUUAAUCAAAUUAAAAUCAAAGGAUUUAAUAUCCUUUGAGAGGGGCGAGGAGGGAAGAGCCUGUUCCUAUAGGGACAAACGUAAUGGCUAGUUCUGUGUCUUGUUUCUGAGAAGUAGAACAGGAAGAUUAGAUACAGGGAGGUCUAUUACUGGAAGAAAAUCAGAAAAGGGCUUUUUCUGAGGAUGGCCACUAAAAAUUACGGGUUAGCAUGGCUGACCAAAAUUGCUUAAGUAUUCCAAGUGAGUGGCAACAAAUGCUUGAUCUGGAAAUGCUUUUGAACAUGCUUACAUAUUGCUAGUAGCCACUGGAAGACCUCUCUUCUAUCAUGGUAGUAAGGAAAAAUGCUCCUCUGAGUGUGUUGUUUGAAAACAAACAAAACCAAACCUGCUGUCCACUUGCUUACAGUAGCAGUUUGGAAUUGAUCAUGUGUCUGAAUUAGAUCAGAAGUUGGCAGAGUUGUUUCUAAAAAAUAAAAAAUAAAAAACAAUUCCCCAGUCACUGUAGACAAAGCAUUUGAACUGAAUUUGUCUGAUCAGGAAUGAAUUCUGGUAUUCUUCUUUGUGGGGAAAAUUACUUGAGUGGCUCUUUACUGCAGCACAGUGGUAAUUUAAGGCUGUGUUGUUCCAAUUAUGAUUUUUUUUAAGUUUUAUAUUCUAAUGACUUGUCCAUUUUAAAGCUUUGUGUGAAUUAUUUUCCAUUGUUUAAAAGCACUUUGACAGAUCUCCAUUCUCCCUGUUCUUGCUGUUAAUUUAGAAAAAGGCACUGUGUGCUUCCUUACCGAGCUGGGUUUGAACAAGAAAAGUGUCUCUUUGCAUUAGCUGUCUUUUCUAUGGGAACAAACAGAAAAUGUAUAGACUGCAGGUCUGUAAAUGUGUGCUGAUAUCUUUGCUUUUUAUAGUGCAAGACCAGGCUUCGUGUGGUCAUAUAGCCAGUAGUCAGGUGGCUGCAUUUCCAAACCAGUACCUGUUUGAGUCUUGAUGCCAGCUUUGGGUGUUGCAGAGAUGCCACGAUAGAAGGUCUACCGUCACAUUUUGCCCUGGUCAUGUGCUUUUGCCCUUCUGCCUGUGUUGUCUGCCCUUUACAGAUAGAUUCAGCCUUUCAGGUUUGUGCUCUGCAUGGGAUAGCAUCUCAGUUUUGUAAGACCAUGUGUAUAUAAUUACUAGAUACAUGCAUGCACUUCUGAUGCGUAUCUGAUAUAGCUACAGGUGUUUUGCAGUCCAGCUGCAAGGAGAACAACUCUACAUCUUAAUUUGUUGGAUGUUUUUCCAUUUGAAAUCAUGGGUGGUUUUGCUGACCAGGUAGCGGUGUCAUAGGGAACUCACCUCUAUGAGCUGCAGGCCCCCAGAACUGGCUCUGCAGGACUUGGCGUGUUGAGAGCUGGGGCCCAGUGGGACUGGGCAAAAGGGACAUUCUGAAGCUUAAAGGUAACUCCUCUGUUACUCCCAUACUAGUGAUGUAACACGAAGUCCAAAUUAGCUAACAACACAUCUCAUUUCUCAAACCUGAUAUUUAAGGUCGUUUCUUGUAUUGCAGCAAACUUACCUUAACAGUCAAUGUACAAAAAAGGUGUUUGCUAAACCAGAAAGAGUGCCCUUUCUCACUUAGCUAUUACGUACCGCUUAAUUCUCUUUCGGGCAGUGGACUUGGAAAGUCCUAAUACAUUUGUCUUCUAUUUUAAAAAAAUGCGAGUGGGGAAGACAACAGCCAUAGAAGUCUUGUCUGCUUUCACACAACAGCACUUUUAGUCCAAUGAUUACCUCUGCCAGAAACCUCCUUCUCAGCCACGUUUUCCCACGUAAUCUUUCUCCCUGUUUUUUCUUCUAAUGUAUGUCUGCAAGUUUAUAAAGCUUUAAAGAGACAAAGAAGUGGUGUCUGCAAAACGUGUUUGAUAUUCGUGGGGGUGAGUUUCUAUGACUUGGGUUCAGCUGCUUUACUUGCGCUCAGUCUCUCCGAUGUCAAGUGUUAGGAAGACACAAACUUUGAACCCGCAGCUAAGGAUUUUUUUGUUCAGAGAGUAGGGUUCCAUUGACAGCUGAGCCUGAAAGAUCCUUAACUUCUCAAGGUUAUAAAACAGCAUAUAUUUUUAUAGAAAUGUAAUUCUAUAUUUUAAAAAAAUGUUUCUUGCAGCUUCUCCAUAUGUAUUUUUCCCCUCGUAGUUCAGAUUUGAUACAAACUUUUUUUUGUGUUCAUUCUUUUUAUGUUGUUUUUAAAUUUGUAGUCAAAGCUUUCAUGUACUGUACAGGAGCAGUCAGCCUUUGUAAUUACUGUAUAAAUGCUUUAUAAUAAAGUAUAUUACUUUUAUUUUAACAAGUGAGCAGACACUUCCUUUUGUGUGUUUGCUGCCUAGGGCACCUUCUAAAAGACUGUUACAUGUUAAAAAUGUACAUAUAUAAAUAUAGUUACCUGUUGCUGUACAGUUGUGAUAGACCGGACUGAAUUUAUUUUUUGUGUGCUUUUUUUAUAAAAUAUUAAUACACUAAAGGAAAUCUUGCUGAUGUGAUUGUAAUGUACUAUGUAACUUAUUUACUUAAUAUCCUCUAUAUAU